AUGCAAAAAUUGACGUCAGACAUUGCCCCAACACCGCGAGAGAGAAGUGAUGUGUAUACGCUUUGUCUUGAAGCCAUCGAUCAAGCUGACACUUGGUUACCUGGCUGGUUUACCUUGGCUAAUGAUCCAGCCAAGCAUCCAAAAUUUAAAGAUAUUUAUAGAGAUAAUUUGGCCGAAUGGCUAUCUUGGGCAUUUUUUAAUUUACCUUUGGAGAGCGUUUUACAAGAUGAAUCAGCAAUACAAGAACUGCACGAAAUGAUUAAUGACUUUGAAAAUAAAUUUCAUAUCAAGCUUAAAGAAGGGUACAAUGAAGAUGUGGUUGCCUAUCGGCUCACUUUGGAUCCGUUACUUGCUUAUCAUAGGCCGCUUGCCUUUUACGUACUUGUGCUGUUUCUCACAAACAUAUUUGGCUUUGUUUGUCAAUUUUUAUGGGGCAUGAAGAGGUUUGGUCCAGAGAAUAGAUCAACUAUUUGGAGUUUGAUGGAUCCACAACAAUCUCCUUAUCCUAGUAGUCAUAUCGGCCCAGAAAAAGUUCCUUAUUGGUUCCGUGAUGGAAAUCGUAGAAAGAAACCUAUUGUCUUUAUCCAUGGAAUUGGUGGUGGUCUUAUGUGCUAUAUUACACUUGUUGCUAAAUUGGUUACACUGGAUGCUCCUAUCUUUUUUAUUGAAUUACCGUUUGUUGCAAUGAAUUGUGUGGAAGAAGUGCCAACAGCGCAAGAAACAGUGAGAGAUAUUCAGCAGAUGUUACAAAGACAUGGCUGUACUGAUGCUGUCUUUGUUGGUCAUUCUCUUGGUACAUCGGUCAUAUCAUGGGCCAUCAAGUAUAUCCCUAAAAGUGUAGCUAGUACAGUAUUUAUAGAUCCCAUCUGCUUCAUGCUGCAUUAUAACGACAUCUGUCUUAACUUUGUAUACAGAACACCCAAGACAGCCGCUGAGGUAAGCACAGAUAUUACAUUGAGUUUGUAUCUGACCUUAUGA